UGCCAAGUCAUUCUAUUUCUGUUAUCAAGAUUCAUUUUUUAACUGUCAAAUCUUUUUCUUGUGUACCAAGAUUUGACAUCUAAGUCUAGUUGCAAGAAAUUCUUGUUUCGCAAUGGCCAACAAUGAAGAACAAACAUAUGCGUUGAAGGAUAAAUUGAAGGAACUUGUUAAUACUAUUGUGGAAAAUGAUGACUUUACUGUGCAUGCUGCUGAUGAAGCUAUCACUGCUCUUUCUAUUCUCCGAGAUAUGAAAUGUAGUGUUUCUUUCUCGCGUAAACUGGAUCGUUUAUCUGUUUCUGUUCCUCCACAGUUUCGAUGUCCUAUCUCAGGUCAUGUUAUGACUGAUCCUGUUAUCUUGGCUAAUGGACAGACUUAUGAUCGACCAUUCAUCCAAAGGUGGCUGAAUGAAAUCCACAAAACUUGCCCUCAAACUCAGAAUGUCCUCUCUCACUCCAUCCUUUCUCCUAACUAUUUGGUACAUGACAUGAUUUCAAGGUGGUGUAAGGAGCAUGGAAUUGAGCUACCAAUGCCUAUUGGGGAAAUCGACAAUGGAGAAGUAAGCGAAGCACACAAAUACCGUUUAAGUUCAUUACUUCACAAACUGUCAUUAUCUACACUUGACCAAAAAGAAGCUGCAAGCGAGCUUCGGCUGUUAUCGAAGCGAAUGCCUUCGUUUCGAACACUCUUUGGUGACUCAGAAGUGAUUCAGAAAUUACUCACUCCAUUUUCACCCGGCAUGGCUUGUAUUGAUCCUGAACUCCAAGAGGAUUUGAUCACAGCUGUUCUAAAUCUCUCAAUAGAAGAAAAAAAUAAGAGAGUUUUCGCAGAGGAUGAAAAGCUUAUCGCCUUUAUUAUCGAUUCAUUGAAAUCAGGAACCAUUCAAACCAGAAGCAAUGCUGCAGCAGCUGUUUUGUCAUUAUCAGCACUUGAUAUCAACAAACACAUCAUUGGAAAAACCGGUGCUAUCAAAUAUUUGGUCGAUCUUUUAGAAAAUGGACAUCCAUCAGCAAUGAAAGAUGCUGCUUCGGCUAUAUUCAAUCUAUGUAUUGCACAUGAAAAUAAAGCGAGGACUGUUCGAGAAGGUGCAAUUCAGGUUAUUCUCAGCAAGAUCAUCAUGGACCAUGUUCUAGUCGACGAGCUUUUGGCCUUAUUGGCACUUCUAUCUAGCCAUUCCAAGGCUAUUGAGGCAUUGGGAAGUCACGGCGCUGUUCCUUUCUUAAUGGAUAUUUUAAGGGAUGACAGUGUUUCGGAUCGGAGCAAGGAGAACUGUGUUGCAAUAUUGUACAUAAUAUUUUUCAACGAUAAAACAAAGAGGAAGGAAAUUAGAGAUGAUGAAAUAGCCAAUGGUACAUUGUCUAAGCUUGCCCAAUGUGGAACUUCAAGAGCUAAGAGGAAAGCUUGCGGUAUUCUCGAUAGGCUCAAGAUAGCUCAAUCCUCAACACUUGUGGGUCUCUUUGCUGUCAAUUUUAAAUAA